AUUGUUGUAAAAAAUUCCAAGAAAAACGAAAAACUAUAUUGAAAGCAAACGCCGAAUAAAACUUACCAUUUGGCAAUUAAAUUAUUUGUACAAAUCGACAAGAAAUUUCUAAAAACAAUGGACGCCAAUAAGGAUCAAGGCCUGGUAAUCAAAAUGGCACAGAAGAACAAGGAAACGCAAACUGUUAAGCAGACUGGCAAUUGGUUUGGCGGACUGCCGCCGAAUGCAGCUGGCGGACCGGGCGGCUAUCAAAUGCCUGCAUUUAGUCGCAUUAGCUGGCAGUUUUACAAGGAUCGCGAGGAGGAGCUCUAUCGACGCGCCUGCCAGCUGAAGGGCAUACGCGUGCGACGCGAGGAGGAGGACGAUCUGAUGGGCUCCGAGGAGGAGCCGCUGAAAGCGCAUUACCGCUACACGCUGGACGAGAUGAAGAGCUACAAUCCCUAUCGUUUUAUCAACUUGAAAUUGUAAACGCACACACACACACACACGUUUACUAUAGUUCGUAGGCAUUAGCAACAAAAACAAAACACAGACACUUAAUUUUAUACAGAGUACAAAGUACAGAUCGCAUAACAGACCGUUGUUUGCCGUUGGUACAGAUAUUAUAUAUUAUACUAUAUAUAAGACGCUUGCACAAUUUCAUGUUCACAACACAAUACACACAUACACAAU